AUGGACGAGGCAAUGAGCUCGGUGGACGUGCAAACGGACGAGCUGGCCCAGCAGACGAUUCGGGGCGAGUUUAAGGACCGGACCAUUUUGACGAUUGCGCAUCGUAUCAAGACGGCCAUGGACGGAGAAGUCGUCGAGUUUGCGGCGCCGAGGGGACUGUUGCGCCGGGACGAGUCGUUGUUCCAGCAGUUGGCGACCCAGGCGAGCGAGUUUGUGGUGGCUGGAUCGACUUGAAAAAAAAGAAAAGAAAGAAUGGAUAAGCAAG